AUGGCGUUCCUGGGCCAACUUUCCGCCAAAUUCAACGAAGUGAAAACUCAGCUGCCACUGAACUCGGUGUUGGACAAUGUGAACAAAGUGCGUCAGAAUGUGGUCAACAAUCCCGUCUUCAACAAGUGCACACAGCAAUUGGACAGUCUGGGGAAGAUCCUGCAAGUGAGUAAUUUUAAAUUUUUUGUUGCUUUUGCCGUAGGCAAUGUUUUUUGAUGACAACAAAACAUAUAUGUAAUUUGCUCUGUGAACCUUGAAGCGAAAACAAGAUAGAAUGUCAGAAUGGGGGGUCGUAUUUCGUUUUGGAGCCACUCAUCCAUAUAAAAUUGAAUUUUUGAGGUGAUGAGAGAAUUUUAAAUUUGAAUUCCCGCCAAAUUUUCAAAUUCUUGGCAUUGUGUUUCAAGGCUGAAAAUUGCAAAAACACCAUUUCUGUGGCAUGGCAAUGCAGAAUACAGCCAUAUUUUGCAUAUUUUACAUUUUCAGCCAGUUGCAACAUAAUGCCAAGAAUUUGAAAAUUUGGCGGGAAAUUCGAAUUUUCAAAAAAAUAAUAUUCAAAUGAAGUGGAAAUAGUAAUUUGAUCAAAAUUCGAUAUUUAGAAUACGUAUUAGGGAACUCUGUGUUGUCUAUGACUGAGAUUUUGGACUGACUUUUACAUUACUUUAGGUUAAUGUGAACCUCAAGCAGUCUCCGAUUGACCUGCUUCCGCUGUACACUGCGUUUGAUCCAGCCUUGGAGAAUGCGACUUUCCGGUGAGUUUGGAGCCUUUUUUCAAUGUUUUCUGAUACUUAUCGACCUAAAAUUUUUCUUAUUUUAUAUUAUACUAGGCAAGUUUAAUGAAAAAUUUUUAGUUUUUCUGCAUCAUUUUUGAUUUUAUUAGAUUAAUAAUUGUCGUAAAAUACGCCGUUUUCGUUUGGAAUAGAAUUUCUUUGUUUUCCCAAAACUUUAUUAUAUUACUUUACACAUAUCCUCAUCCUGCACUAUAACUCAAAUAUCUCCCAAUUUCACAUCCAAAUCCCCGAGGUUUGGAUGAGAUUCGCCUCAAUUUGACGUGAGAGCAUAAAUAAAAGUUCGGCGUAAUAAAUAAACAAAAAACAUUCCAUAACAUUACGUCACAAGGCUUUUGGGAUUUACAUUGUCAAAAAAGAUGAUAAAUCGGACGUAAAACUGUUCUUACCUCGUGUAUUUGCACCCAAAUAGAGGAGACUAAUGAAAAUAUGGAUGUUUACGGGUAAAAGGAUGACUUCUGGGGUUUGGAAAUCAAAAAUUAGAUGGAAAAGAGGUAAAAAAUAAAAAUAAAGUUUUGAAAUUUUGAUUUCUGCAAGUUUCCAAAAAAUAUGUCAUCAUGACAUAGAUGAUGACAUAUCUUUUGGAAAUAUGAAAAUUCUCUGUUUGAUGGUAGACCACAAAAAUUUAAUGCAAAAAUAAAUUUACUGGUUUGAAGAAUCGGCGACAUUUUAUACGAAAAAAAAUUUUUUUGAAUUUUUGAAAAUUUAUAAAAUACGAUCUUCUAACGGGUCAAAAUUUUAUGUUUGCGUGUAAAAAACCUAAAAUUUUGACUGAAUUUUCAAAAUACCAAUUUUUGGAAAUUUCCAAAAAAUAUGUCAUCAUGACACAUUCAUGGCGGAUUUUUGGAAAUGCCAAAUUCUGUAGAUGCGACGUUUAUAUUGAGGCGAUAUGGAUGGCACUGCGUAUUUUACAUGUUUAAAAAAUCGAAAAAACUGUUUUGGCGACAUUUUAUACGAAAAAUUUUAUUUACAUAUUUUCUGAAUUUCUGCAUCUAAAAAUACUGUAGCUAGACUAUUUCGGUCAAAAAAUUGCUCCCAACAAUCUCUUUGCUCUUUAUUAUCCACAUGCGUCAAGAAAUCACUGACAUUCACCGGAUAUUUACCCAAAAUUUCAAAACAAUUGUUAUUAGAGAAAGGUUAUCCCCUUCAUCCGCUAUUCUGGUCAUUUCUAUCCAUUACAAGUCCCGCAAAUUGCGUAGAUAGCGGAUUAUUUUCGAAUAUUUCUGUAUUUUCUUCCAGAAAACCCUGGAAAGAAGGGAAAAAUAGGAAAUUGGGCUAAUCUAGGGGGAUUUCACGGAGCCUAGGACUUGUAAAUCGCCGCAGACAAAGUUUGUUAUUUGUGGAAACAAGAUUAAUUAUUGAAAUGGCCAUGAGGGGUCGAAAAAUGGAGAAAACAUUGAUUUACGUCAUCAAAACGUGAAAAAAUGGGUACAAAAGUCGAAAAAAGGUCAGAAAUCGUAUUUUAGGAGGGCUAAAAAUAGAAAUUUUGAUAGGAUAAGAAUCAGAAAAUCUUUAGAAAAUCAUGAUAACUAUGUUUUGGCCAUCAAAUAAAAAAAAAUAAAAAAAACAAAUAAUUUUUAUUCGAUUUUUUACAAUUUUUUUUGACUUGAAAAUGUCUCGAGGAAGUUUUUAUGGCAUUUUUUUUAAUCAUAGACACAUCAAUUUUAUCUUGAAAAUCCAAAAAAUCUCAAAAAAAUAUUUUUCGAAAAAUUAAUUUUUUAUCGUAUAAAAUGUCUCCCAAAAAAAUUUCAAGCUCCAAGACUGAAUUGUGGUAGGAUAAGAAUCGGAAAAUCUUUAAAAAAUCAUGAUGACUAUGUUUUGGCCAUAAAAUAAAAAAAAAUUUUAAUUUUAAAAUUUUUUCCAAAAAUGGGUAAAAAUGUCGAAAAAUAGUUCACUACAUCCCGCAAAUCUCCAAAAAAAAUUAUAAAAUUUUAAAAAAUUUUUUGAAUCCCCGAAAAUUCCAGUUUGGACUACGACGAGACCGCACAGUGCAUCCUGCGGAACAUUGGCCAAUGCCUCUCCAUAAAGUAUCCGGACGGGGCCAGUGAUGACAUGGGACUCUCCUUCCUGCCCGAAGAACAGUUCCAUUUGGAUACGGUGAAUCUGCAUUGGGGAACGGAGCCGAUGAACGGCUCCGAACACACGGUCGGCGGCGUCGGAUAUGCGGGCGAAUUGCAUUUCAUUCAUCGCAAUUUGAAGUACACUAGUCUGGAGGCGGCCAGCAAGCAACCUGACGGAAUUGUGGCGUUCGCGGUGUUCUUGAAUGUGAGUUUUGGGAUUUUAGAGGAUAAAAAAUCAAAAUCCCCUGAUUUUUGGGGGAUUUUAGGGAUUUUUUCGAUUUUUUUGCAACUUUUUGAGUAUUUUUUGGAAGUUUUUGGACACUAGAGUUAAUUCUAGAGACAUUAGACAGUGUCUCACUUUUCAAACUUUCAAAAAAAAAAAAAAAAAAGAAAAAAAUUUUUUUGGAAUUUUCGAUUUUUUUUAUUUUUAUGAAUUUUUUGAGGUUUUUUGGAACUUUUUGGACGUUAAAGGUAAUUCUAGGUACAAUAGAAAGCGUGGCGAUAUUUUUUAAGGUUUAAAAAAAAUUAAAAAAAAAUUUAAAAAAAAUCGCUUUUUUUUUUGAUUUUUUAGUUUUUUUGCAAGUUUUUGGACGUUAUAGUUAAUUCUAGAGACAUUAGACAGUGUCUUAGUACUUUUUAAACUUUCAAAAAUCUCCUGAAAAAUUAAAAAAUUUAAAAAAAAAAUUUUUUAGAAUUUUUGGGUUUUUUUCGAUUUUACAAAUUUUUUUGACUUGAAAAUGUCUUGAAGAAAUUUUUUGGGCAUAGUUUUAAUUAUACACCGUCAAUUUCAUUUUAAAAAUUCAAAAAAUCCCAAAGAAAAUAAUUUUUUGAAAAAUUAAUGUUUUAUCGUAUAAAAUGUCUCCCAAAAAAAAUUCAAACUCCAAAACAAAAUUUCAUCAAAUUAAAAACUUUAUUUAAUGAUAAAAAAUGAAAUAAAGUUUAAAACUUUUUUUCAGGAGUCCCACGGAGACAACCUCAACUUCAUUCCGCUGACCAACGUCCUCUCCAAUGUCCAAUACAACGGCAACGAGUCGGGUCUGAGUGGGAUCAAAUUCUCAGCACUCCUGCCGCCGGCCGAGAAGUCGAAGGAGUUCUGGGUGUACGAAGGCUCAGAGACCGUGGAACCGUACAGAGAGACCGUGAAAUGGGUCGUGUUCAGAUCGGCGAUUCCUGUUUCGUCCGAACAGGUGAGGAUUGGGAUUUUUGGGGGGAUUUGAAGGUUUUUGAAGAUUUUUUUUUGAUUUUUUGUCAAUUUUUCCGAUUUUUUAAAUUUUCAAAAUGCCUGAGAUCAACUUUCCUAAAAAAUUUUGUUAUUUUUUUUUUUUGAUUUUUUUUUUAAAUUUUUUAUAAUUUUUUAGAUUUUUUGCAUUUGAAAAUGUCUGAAAUCAAUUUUCCAAAAAAAAAUUAUUAUUAUUAUUUUUUUUUUCAUUUUUUUAUUUAUUUUUUAAAUCUUUUAUAGUUUUUUUGAUUUUUUUGAAUUUUCAGAAAGCCUAAAUUUAAUUUUCUUAAAAAAUUUUUUGAUAUUUUUUUUAUUUUUUUGAUUGUUUUUUUAUUUUUUGGAUUUUUUUUAUUUAUUUUUUAAAUUUUUUAUAAUUUUUUUAAUUUUUUUGAAUUUUCAGAAAGCCUAAAUUUCAUUUUCUUAAAAAAUUUUUUGAUAUUUUUUUUUAUUUUUUUGAUUGUUUUUUUAUUUUUUGGAUUUUUUUUAUUUAUUUUUUAAAUUUUUUAUAAUUUUUUUAAUUUUUUUGAAUUUUCAGAAAGCCUAAAUUUCAUUUUCUUAAAAAAUUUUUUGAUAUUUUUUAUUUUUUUCCGAUUUUUAUCUUUUUUAAAAAAAAUAUUUUCCAGCAUUUUUACCCAAUAAUUUUCCAACUUCUCUCCCCUAAUUCCCUUUAUUUUCAGUUAGAAAAGCUCCGUCAACUGAAUCGAACCCGUUACGAAGACGAAGUUGAGGCCAAGAUGACCCCGAUCCGGCCGAUUCAAGCUCUGAAUGGGCGUCUCGCCCGAUCUUCGUUCAAAUCCGUGGCCCAGGCCGAACUUCCUUGA